AUGCCCUGUUUGUUUUCGCUGCUAUUCAGGAUCUUCGCAUUGAAGAAAUGUUUCGACGCGUUCCAGAACUCCACGGAUGCACAGCGGACCUUCCGCGAAAUCAUUUUCCUUCAGGAGUUGAAUGGCCACGAGAACAUCGUCCGGCUGAUGAACGUGCUCAAGGCAGAGAGCAGCCAGGACCUCUACGUAAUGUUCGACUUCAUGGAGUCAGAUCUGCAGCGGGCCAUUGCAGCUAACUUGUUGCAGCCAAUUCAUGUUGAGUAUGUGACAUAUCAGAUCCUCAAGGCUCUGAAAUACGUUCAUUCAGGGGGAGUCUUGCACAGAGAUCUGAAGCCGGCCAACGUGCUUCUCAACGCGAAUUGCCAUGUCCGUCUUUGCGAUUUUGGCUUGGCCAGAACGGCCUUGCCCGUGGAAGUCCAAGCCACCGGUCGGCGAAACUCCGCCGGUGCUGACGAGGCGUUGCCGCUGCUUACGGACUACGUGGCCACACGCUGGUAUCGAGCACCCGAACUGCUGCUUGGGUCCACGCUCUACUCGGAGGGAGUGGAUAUGUGGAGCGUGGGCUGCAUUCUCGGUGAGAUGGUUUCUGGCAAGCCGAUUCUGCGGGGAAGGUCCACCAUGGACCAGCUCCAGAAGGUCGUCGAACUGACGGGGAAGCCAAGCGAACAAGACUUGCGUCCCAUCACCACAACGUCUCAGUACGCUCGCACCAUGUUGGAGAAUCUUGGAAAUGUGCGUCAGAUGCCAUCGUCCGGCGUCCUGUUCCUGCUGAAGCUCCCACCGCAGGCUAAGACGCUGACACUGAACUUGCUCAAGUUCAACCCAGAGCGAAGGCCUUCAGCAGAGAUUGCUCUGCAAGAUGUUUUCCUGGAGAAGUUCUACCUGCAGGAAGCAGAGCCUCUAUGUGACAAGAUGAUCCGUAUGCCGAUCAACGACGUCACGAAGCUCAAGGCGUCAGAUUACAGGGACCAGAUCCAUGGAAUGAUAGGCCAGCGUCGCAAGCUGCAACAGGAGGAAGCAAGUAUCGCGGCUCGCCGCGGUCGUCAAAGCCUCCGCCGGGCGAGCUCCCGGUUCUCGGACGCUUCCCUCUCCAGCUUUCGGGAAGGCCCUCAGGUACCCUGGGGUCAUGAGAGCGGUGCAGCGGCGCCACCGUCAACUCCAAAGUGA